UGGGUGGGGUUUAGGUUUAGGAGAGGAUGUGACUGCAAGGCCAGGAAGCUACAGGCAAAGUUCUGAUGAAAAUACACAUAAACACACGCCAGGUCCUCCCGGUGCUCGGUGAUGCAUCCGUGGCAGCCUGGGUGCUGUGGACACUCCCCGGGGCUCAACGGAGGGGACAGUUUGCUCCCAAAGGCACAUCCAUGACCAACAUUCCCCCAUCCCCGGAGAGAAGAACUGGAAGCAGCCUCUGAGCCGUCCAGGUGCCCUGUCCAGCUGACUGCAAGCAGAGGGGAAUCCUGCCCAGCUCUUGGAUCAGACUGCUUGGCCGAGGAGCCCUGUGGAGCUGGGGGUGGCCCCGGAGCUCAGCCUGCCCCGAGGGGGUCCUGGCUCAGAGCCAUGCCAGGUGUCUGUGACAGGGCCCUUGACUUCCUCUCCCCGGCUGAAGACCAGGUGCUAGGGCCUGCCUUGGGCAGCUCAGUCACUCUCAACUGCACGGCUUGGGUAGUCUCUGGACCCCACUGCUCCCUGCCUUCAGUCCAGUGGCUGAAAGAUGGGCUUCCACUGGGAAAUGGGGGCCACUACAGCCUUCACGAGCACUCCUGGUUCAAGGCCAACUUGUCAGAGGGGUUUGUGUCCAGUGUCCUGGGGGUCAACAUGACCGGCGCUGAGGACUAUGGGGCCUUCGCCUGCUCCAUCCAGAAUGUCAGCUCCUCUUCCUUCACUCUUCAGAGAGCUAGCCUUGCAAGCCACGUGGCUGCGGUGCUGGCCUCCCUCCUGGUCCUGCUGGCCCUGCUGCUGGCCGCCGUGCUCUACGUCAAGUGCCGGCUCAACGUGCUGCUCUGGUACCAGGACGCCUACGGGGAGGUGGAGAUGAACGACGGGAAGCUCUACGAUGCCUACGUCUCCUACAGCGACUGCCUGGAGGACCGCAAGUUCGUGAACUUCAUCCUGAAGCCGCAGCUGGAGCGGCGUCGGGGCUACAAGCUCUUCCUGGAUGACCGCGACCUCCUGCCGCGCGCCGGUAUCCCGGGCCCCGCCCCAUACGAGGCCCCGCCCCAUACGAGGCCCCGCCCCAUACGAGGCCCCGCCCCAUACGAGGCACCUCGCUUUGUGAAUGGGCCCUGGGGUAAGGUUUUGCUGUCCGGGACCCGAUGUGGGGAGCUGCCCUGGAGGCCCUGGAGCCCCGGAAUAGCUGCUGCAGCCGCGGGGCUCUUUGGGGCCAGGGCACCGGGGGCUGACGAUGUGCGCGCCCUCCCACGUGUUCACAUCUGCAAACCACCCCAACCUGGCCCCCAGACUCCUUCCUCUGAUUUUUGGAAAGAACUACAGCUGGCGCUGCCGCGGAAGGUGCACUACAGGCCAGCGGAAGGAGACCCUCAGACGCAGCUGCAGGACGACAAGGACCCCAUGCUGAUUCUUCAAGGCCGAGUCCCGGAGGCCCGGGCCCUGGAAGAGGGCGACCUGGGUAUCCCGAGGCCUGUCUUUGGAGAGCCAUCAGCUCCACCGAGCACGGGCGGGGUCUCGCUGGGAGAGGGCCGGGGCAGCGAAGUAGACGUCUCGGACCUCGGCUCGAGAAACUACAGUGCCCGCACAGACUUCUACUGCCUGGUGUCAGAAGAUGAUAUGUAGCCCCCACUCAGAAUGGAGGAUGAUAAGGACAUCAGGUGCCAGGGCAGGGGGUCGUUCCUCUGCUUAGCAAGACCACAACCCCUGUCUGCAGCCCUGGGACCCCCAGGGCAAGGCUGUGGCCCCAGGGCCCCUCCCAGUGCCAGAAAAUAAAGUCCUUUUGGAUUCUG